AUGGGUGAGUCUGCAUCAGCUGAGCCCGCAGACGGCGACGGAGAUGCCGCUUCUUCGACAGCCGCAUCCGUGAUAGCCAUUGCUGCGGAUGGAGACAUCAUCCUGGAUGUCACAUUUGAAACGUCAAAAGAGACGCUCAAGAAGCUGCGGGCCCAGCUCAAGUCCAUGAGUCUAGCUGCCCGGUCCAAGAAUGAACCCAAGACGCCGGCGAGCACGAGACUCGAGCUUGCAUAUCGCGUGAGCUCCGAGGCUCUAAAGAAGCACUCAAAUUACUUUGCCAAUCUGCUGUCAAAUCCUCAAUUCAGCGAGCACAGACGUCUUACGGACACGCAUGCCGCACUCAUUGCCAGAGGCAUCCAGCCUGCCGAGGCAGAGGCAGCGGAGUUGCCGCGAGUCGAAAUCGUAGACGACGACCAGGCCACUCAGGCAUCUGGUAGAGAAGUGGCCUUUAAAGACAUGCUACUUAUGCUUCAUAAACUGCCUAUUUCAGUAACAAAGCUCACCAUGUCGUACAUGACCACGCUGGCCAUCAUGGCAGAUCGCUUCGACUGUGCUGCCACGGUAGCCAAGUCUGCUGGCUUAGGUGCCAAGUUCAAAGGUCCGGUUACCAGCACCAGAGCGUACUUUGACGAACAUGGGCGUGCCACGGAAACUGAAAACGUGCUGCGGCAAAAGCUUCUUAUUUCCAUCCUGCUCGGUCAACCCACACAACUGGCAGCGGCCUCUCGAGAACUCAUAUUGCGUGGCUCUGCAAUUUGGAAUGUGUACCACGAACCAGAAGAGGGCAAAGAUGCCGCUUGGUGGCAUCUACCUGAGGGUAUCGAAGACGAACUGCGAUAUCGCCGCGAGUGUAUAUUGAACACCGUAGCGUCAGUUCAACGCCACUUCCUCAACUUGUACUCAUCUCGUGAGAGGCAAUGCAAACUCGGCUACGACUCUAGCUCUGCAUGUGAUUCAUUCCAACUUGGUCAAAUGGUCAAGUUUCUAUCGUCAAAAAGCCUUCUUUUCCUCAUGGACUAUAGCCCUUCAUCGCUGGACUCGGCUCCUGACGCAACAUGUAUAGACAUUCAAGAGCUACUAGCUACGUUGAGACAGUGCCCCAGCUACCAGCUCGACAAGAACCACACGAACUGUGGUCUUCGUAUUCGCAUUGAACCUAUCCUGGACUACUUGCGUACAAUGCUUUCCACCAAUGUCAUUUCCAUACCACUGGUCGAAUGGCGAAGGAACAGUGAAAACGUGAAAUGGCAAAACGACGCCGAGGGCGGUGAUUCUACAAGGGACAAGCCAAAGCGGGAAUUUUUAUUUACACGAGCAGUAGCUAAUGACCAACGGCUCCGUUAUGAGGGUGCCAUGUACGUGGAUAAGGCAGCCAAGUCACUGUUUACAAGCGAAACAUGGCAUUGGACGCCAGAGGUGUAG